AUGGAGAGGACCAUGUGUUUUCCUCUGUUGCUGCUGAUCUGCUCUCUCUCUACGGCUCAGCUUCAGUCUGACAAUGACAUUGUUCCACAUCAUGCUGAAUCCCAGGGAGGAGAACCAACAAAUGUGUCUGAGCACCAACAGACCUGUCCUCAAGACAUCCACGCUGUGCUGAGAGAGAUGAGCGCCUCUUUGGCUGAGCAGAAGGUGGAGACGAGGCACCUUCAGAGAGAGAAUGAAGCACAAACCGCUAAGCUGGAGUUACAGAAGACUGAGGGGGAGUUACAGAAGGCUGAGCUGGAGAAGCAGAAGACUGAGGGGGAGUUACAGAAGACUGAGCUGGAGAAGCAGAAGACUGAGCUGGAGAAGCAGAACACUGAGGGGGAGUUACAGAAGGCUGAGCUGGAGAAGCAGAAGACUGAGGGGGAGUUACAGAAGACUGAGCUGGAGAAGCAGAAGACUGAGUGGGAGAAGCAGAAGACUGAGCUGGAGAAGCAGAAGACUGAGGGGGACAAGCUAAAGCAACAACUUCACGUCAAACAGGUGGCUUUCUCAGCCUCUCUGUUGGCUUCAGGCGAAGGAACUAUCGGACCAUUUAACACUGAAACUAAUCUGGUCUUCAGAUACGUCUUCUCAAACAUUGGGAAUGCCUACAACCCAAACACAGGUUUUUUCAUUGCACCAGUGAGAGGAGCCUAUCACUUUGAGUUCUACAUUGGUGGUCACGGACAUCCUUCACAUGGUUCAGCUGCUGGGUUGAUCAAGAACGGAGAGAUAGUUUGUAUUGCAUUAGAACAUCAGACUUCAGGUUUUGCAAAAUCUUCUAAUGGUGCCACGCUGCUUCUAGAGGUCGGAGAUGUUGUGUUUUUGCGUUUGUGGGGAAACUCCAAGAUAUUUGACGAUGCAAAUCAUCAUAACACCUUUAGUGGUCAUCUGCUUUUCACCAUGUGA